UUCCCCCGCGGCUCGGCGGGUCCGAGAGCUGGCGCCGAGAUGCGCCCCCUGCUCGGCCUCCUGCUGGUCUUCGUCGGCUGCACCUUCACCCUGUACUUGCUGUCGACGCGACUGCCCCGGGGGCGGACGCUGGGCUCCGGCAAGGAGACCGGAGGCAGGUCACUGUGGUUCCCCUCAGACCUGGCGGAGCUGCGGGAGCUCUCCGAGGUCCUUCGAGAGUACCGGAAGGAGCACCCGGCCUACGUGUUCCUGCUGUUCUGCGGCGCCUACCUCUACAAGCAGGGCUUUGCCAUCCCUGGCUCCAGCUUCCUGAAUAUUUUAGCUGGUGCUUUGUUCGGACCAUGGCUGGGGCUUCUGCUGUGCUGUGUGUUGACAUCAGUGGGCGCCACGUGCUGCUACCUGCUCUCCAGCGUCUUUGGCAAGCAGCUGGUGGUCUCCUACUUUCCUGAGAAGGUGUCCCUGCUGCAGAGGAAGGUGGAGGAGAAUAGAAACAGCCUGUUUUUUUUCUUGCUGUUUUUGAGACUUUUCCCCAUGACACCAAACUGGUUCUUGAACCUCUCAGCUCCGAUUCUGAACAUCCCGAUUGUGCAUUUCUUCUUCUCUGUUCUGAUUGGUUUGGUCCCGUACAAUUUUAUCUGUGUGCAGACAGGUUCCAUCCUGUCAACUCUUACCUCCCUGGAUGCUCUCUUCUCCUGGGAAACAGUCUUUAAGCUUUUGGCCAUUGCCCUGGUGGCCUUAGUUCCUGGAACCCUCAUGAAAAAAUUUAGUCAGAAGGACCUGCAUUUGAAUGAAAUAAGCAACACUAAUCACCUAAAUAGCAGAAAAGACACGUGAUCUGGGUUGUUUGCCACGUCCCUGGACUCUGUUGCUUAUUUGUGUACUGGUGUGGUCCUCUGCAGCCCCUCAUUGUUUUUAAUUACCCUCAACAGGUGAUUUGGACACUCUUCAUCUGUGUGCAGCGUUUUCAUGAAGGACUUUCUGUGCUCUAGAAGGGGGAUUGUACCAGGUCCUCAAACCAGUCCUGGCUUAGCAGGACACUCUGUGAAACGGAUGGCCUUCUAG